AUGGAAAGGCUUAAUAUUAGACUAACAAAAGGAGAGCAUGUAAAGCCUUAUGAGUGCCACGAGAUUAUUGGAAAAGUCGAAAGCUGUGUAUAGCUGUUUCACCAUAAUAGGUUGGUAUAUAAUUUUUUCUACCAAAAGCUAUAAAAAGCACUGCCAAUUUUUUAGAAAAAUUUAACCUUAUUUUUAAAUUUUAUCAUUUUAUUAGCAUAAUGAUUUAUGUCUUUAGCUGGAAAAUAUUACUCUAAAAUUAUCUAUUAUAGUAAAUUGAUUAUAGUCUCUGAAAUUAAAUAUGGUGCCUAAGCCUGGGAAUGGCCCCCCAUACAGCUUCGAGAGCAUAUUUAAUGAUAUCGGCAAGUUUUGCUAUCUCAGAAAUGGGCAACUAUACUAGUUUAAGAAAUUCUGGUAAUGCUCAGAGCCUAGCCCUAGUUCUUUCAGAAUUGGAUUUUACCUCGAGAGGGAAAAAGAAAGUGUGGAGUGGAAGAGAAGCCCAGCAAAGCCUACAGGCAAUGACUAGAAUCAAUCGACGGUUCUCUAGCGUGAAACUGAGAGUUAUGCCUUGGGCUCUAAGUUUUCCUUUUUUUUGAUUGAUAUGGGAACAGCCUUAGUUUGCCCAUUUCACAUGCCACAAAAGUCCAUAUAUGCCCACUCAAUACUGAAGUCCAUGAGGUAAGGAUGAGACGGCGACAGAGAACUCACUUCAGAAGACCAUGGCAUCAGGAUCUCAAGGAGAAGCAAGAGAUUUUUCGAGCUAAUUUGUCAAGUGAAUUCAUCGUCCCUGUUCGUUCAAGUUCUCUCUGGCCACGUCGCAAAGCAGAUGACUCCCUUCAUGGAUCCUUGAUAACUGCAUUAGCAAUAGUCCGCAGCCAAAUCUGUAAUAAGUUUAAUUUUAAGACAAUAGUCGCUGAGUUUUCGCCAUGUGGAGAAUUUUUAGCUGUUGGCUGCAACAAUAACGCAGAAGUCUUGAUUUUUAGUUUUAUGACACAUAGCAUCAUUUUACGAGUAAAGCCUGAAAAAGCAUGAGGAAAAGUCCUCAGUCUAAAAUGAGGGUAUGAUUUUAUAUAUGUGCUAACUGAUGCUAAUUUAUUGUUUAGGUUUCAGCUACAAUGCAUAGAAGAAACCCCAGUCCAAUUUUCUUUUAAGGUUGGCGGGAUGGAUGCCGUGGUUCCAUAUCAUUUUUCAGGACUUUUUGGUCGCAAAACAUUGGGAAUUUUGUCUAAUAUUUUUUCCCUCUUGGAGACAUUUGCUUAAUUUCGAUUGUCUCACGAGGAAAAAAAUUUCGUCAAAUAUCGCAGAGAAAAAGAUAUCUCUCUACAAAAAGUUCAGAGGAAAAAGCAUUCUAUAUGUCGUAGAUUCUAAGGUUUUGGUUUAUGGAAAAUCUGAUAUAGUAGUGUAUUCAUGGAAUGAUGGGACACAGCUUUCGCUAAAACAAGAUGAGAUAGCUUCAGAAUGGUUUGGAUGCUUCAACCAAGAGAAAAUUAUUAUAUUCGGGUCACCAAACAAUGUUUUUUAUGUAUUAACUCUUGAUGGACAUCUUAUUUACACACAAGAAGUCGCAUCAAUUUUUCAAUCUGCAGUUCGAGAUUUUCGGUCAAAUCGCUGUAAUAUGAUUUUAAUUAAUUCCAAAGACCGAGCCUUGCGUGUAUUUGAGGUGAAAUAUCCUUAUAAAUUCGAGCUGGUUAAAGAAAUUGGAGAUUAUUCUUCUCUAUUUAUUUUAUUAAAAAUAAAUUCUAUUAUUUUUUAUUAAAAAUUCAUUUAAAUUCAGCUUACAUUGAAAGAAAAAGAUGAAGCGCCUGCUGUUUUUUCAAAAUUCAGAACAUGGACACGUGCUUUGUUCUAGGAACUCUUCAGGAGACAGGAUCCCAUACAAUAAAAAUGUUUGACACUGUAGACUCAGAUACCCGAGUAAGUAUGGCUAAAAAUAUGCAUUCUCCUUUAGGCGCGGCCGCUUAUUUGUGUACCUCAAUAAAUACCCAUGUGCAUCCACUUAUAUGUGUAGUUACUCAGCCUGGCGCUGUUUUAUUGUGAAGCAGUGGGACUUUUAUAAAAACAGAAAAAUGAAGCACGUCUUUAGGAAUCCCAAAUUUUGUGGAACUUCAGCAUGGGAAUGAAUAUUAUGAAGAGCCUGAAGACCAGUUUGAUAAAUACAGAUCAAGCCAAGCCCAGUUGAAUUUGGCAAGCCAACUCAAUAUCCAGCCUUUUAGAUUAUUCUGCUGCUAUAAGAAUAGAUUGAUAAAAAUUAUUCUAUAAAAAAUCAUGUAUAUAUAAAAUUAUACUAUAGAUUUUUAA